AUGCAAAUAGGAUCAAUUCGUACCUCGGAGGAGUGCAGAAGAUUUUGUCAACUUAGCCUGAGUUUUUACUGUGGGGAGAAUACACACUUCAUCGCCUCCUGUGUGAAGGGUCCGUUUCCCAGUGGCAAUCUUAGUGGCCACUUGGGCGCACAGAUAUGUCAUGCCCCUCAGAGAAUUACACCUGGCAGAGUUUAUCUGGAGGGCAUUGUUCCAUCUUGUGUACAAUGUGAUUUAACAUCAAAGAGUAUUGUAAAGCCUGUUUUGCAUCAGCCUCUGACUGAAUCAACAUGUUGUGACACUAUGGGCAAUAAGAGUGUGGAGAGCAUUCCUGUUGAUUUGCGGUCAGAGGGUAGUAAUGAGAGUCUGGAGGAUGACUGUGAGGACACCAAUGAGUGGAAAGAUAUUACAAACAAGGACUCCGAAAACCAGGAUCACGAACACCAGGAACAAGGGUCACCAGCAGCAAAAGUAGAAACGAGGGUCACCAUCAGCAGGAUUAGAACAUGGUCACCCAUCACCAACCUCCAGUCACCCAUCACCUACCUCCAGUCACCCAUCACCAAACUCCAGUCACCAAUCACCAACCUCCAGUCUGCCAUCACCACUUCCAGUCACCCAUUACCCACCUCCAGUCACCCAUCACCAAUUCCAGUCACCCAUCACCAACCUCCAGUCACCCAUUACUACCUCCAGUCACCAAUCACCCACCUCCAGUUACCCAUUACCCACCUCCAGUCACCCAUCACCACUUCCAAUCACCCAUCACCAACCUUGUCACCCAUUACUACCUCCAGUCACCCACCACCCACCUCAAGUCACCCAUCACCACUUCCAAUCACCCAUUACUCACCUCCAGUCACCCAUCAUCACCUCCAGUCACCCAUCACCAACCUUGUCACCCACCUCCAGUUACCCAUUACUAUCUCCAGUCACCCAUCACCACCUCCAGUCACUCAUCACCACCUCCAGUCACCCAUUACUACCUCCAGUCACCCAUCACCCACCUCCAGUCACCAAUCACCAACCUUCAGUCACCCAACACCCACCUCCAGUCACCCAUUAUCACCUACAGUCACCCAUCACCCACCUCCAGUCGCCCAUCACCACCUCCAGUCGCCCAUCACCACCUCCAGUCGCCCAUCAUCACCUCUAGUCGCCCAUCACCACCUCCAGUCGCCCAUCACCACCUCCAGUCGCCCAUCACCACCUCCAGUCGCCCAUCACCACCUCCAGUCGCCCAUCACCACCUCCAGUCUCCCAUUACUACCUCCAGUCGCCCAUCACCCACCUCCAGUCGCCCAUCACCACCUCCAGUCACCCAUUACUACCUCCAGUCGCCCAUCACCACCUCGUCGCCCAUCACCACCUCCAGUCACCCAUUACUACCUCCAGUCACCCAUUACCACCUCCAGUCGCCCAUCAUCACCUCCAGUCGCCCAUCACCACCUCCAGUCGCCCAUCACCACCUCCAGUCGCCCAUCACCACCUCCAGUCGCCCAUCACCACCUCCAGUCGCCCAUCACCACCUCCAGUCGCCCAUCACCACCUCCAGUCUCCCAUUACUACCUCCAGUCGCCCAUCACCACCUCGUCGCCCAUCACCACCUCCAGUCACCCAUUACUACCUCCAGUCACCCAUCACCCACCUCCAGUCACCCAUUACCACCUCCAGUCGCCCAUCACCACCUCCAGUCGCCCAUUACUACCUCCAGUCGCCCAUCACCCACCUCCAGUCGCCAAUCACCUACCUCCAGUCACCCAUUACUACCUCCAGUCACCCAUCACCCACCUCCAGUCACCCAUCACCACCUCCAGUCACCCAUCCCCCACCUCCAGUCGCCCAUCCCCCACCUCCAGUCGCCCAUCCCCCACCUCCAGUCGCCCAUCCCCCACCUCCAGUCGCCCAUCCCCCACCUCCAGUCGCCCAUCCCCCACCUCCAGUCGCCCAUCCCCCACCUCCAGUCGCCCAUCCCCCACCUCCAGUCGCCCAUCCCCCACCUCCAGUCGCCCAUCACCACCUCCAGUCGCCCAUCACCACCUCCAGUCGCCCAUCACCACCUCCAGUCGCCCAUCACCCACCUCCAGUCGCCCAUCACCCACCUCCAGUCGCCCAUCACCCACCUCCAGUCGCCCAUCACCCACCUCCAGUCACCCAUUACUACCUCCAGUCACCCAUCACCCACCUCCAGUCGCCCAUCACCACCUCCAGUCACCCAUUACUACCUCCAGUCACCCAUCACCCACCUCCAGUCACCCAUUACUACCUCCAGUCACCCAUCACCCACCUCCAGUCACCCAUUACUACCUCCAGUCACCCAUUACUACCUCCAGUCACCCAUCACCCACCUCCAGUCACCAUUUACUACCUCCAGUCACCCAUCACCCACCUCCAGUCACCAUUUACUACCUCCAGUCGCCCAUCACCACUUCCAGUCACACAUCACACAUCGUCCCCCUCCGCUAUCUCAGAAUCCCAAACUUUCAUCCCUUUCCUCCGCUGCCUCACGGAGGGCCGGCCUCAGCCAAUCAGAGCGCGCCUCUUAGCGUCCAAUUAGAAUGUUUCAGGGAGUGA